CGUAGAGUUGAAGUAGGACUUAACUGGCCCGCUUCUGAACAGAAGAUAAUCCAAUAUAUAAAUGAAAAGUUUUACGAAGUCCCCGCCUUCGACCCUUUCAACAAGGAUUGGGAUUGAUCGCAGCUUUUUGUAAUUGCACUCCGUUUGCCCUAAUUCCAAUUUCAUCACCGGUUUCAAAUAUUAAAUCAAAAUCCAGAAAUCGAUAAACCCCCAGUGUUCUCGCCCUUCAUGUCCGAUCAACCUUUCCACAUGUAAUCGGCGGUGGCAACGAGUAUCUGCGGCUGUUGAAGAUUUUCCGAGAGUGGUUCUUUAUCAUGGAUUCGGUGCUCGGGGAAAAAUUGUCCAAGUUUCAGAAGCAGCAAGCAAAAUGCCAGUCGACACUUGCUGGUAUUGUGUCGAAAGCAGGAUUUUCUAAAGGAGCUCCGUCCCCAAGCGGCCCAGAUUCGGCUAAUGCAAAGGCACCAGUCAAAUUUUCAAAUGAUACAGAGCGCCUUCAACACAUAAAUAGCAUAAGGAAGGGUCCUGUUGGGUCGCAGAUCAAACGUGUGAUUGAUUUUCUCUUUGAGACAAGGCAAGUCUUUACCCCUGAACAAAUAAACGAGAAGACCUACGUGGAUGUAAAUGCAAACAAAGCUGUGCUUGACAGUUUAAGGAACAAUCCAAAAGUGAGUUAUGACGGGAAGCGGUUCUCUUAUAAGUCCAAAUAUUCUUUGAAAGAUAAAAGCCAACUUCUUGUCUUAAUUCGGAAGUUUCCGGAGGGUAUUGCUGUUGUUGAUCUUAAGGAUGCCUACCCGACAGUUAUGGAGGACUUACAGUCCUUGAAAGCCUCCGGACAAAUCUGGCUAUUAUCAAGCUUCGACUCACUAGAUGACAUAGCGUACCCGAACGAUCCCAGAGCUGUUAUAAGAGUCGAUGAUGAUCUAAAGCAGUUGUUCCGUGGGAUUGAACUCCCACGGGACAUGCUUGACAUUGAAAGAGAUUUACAGAAGAAUGGGAUGAAACCCGCCACAAACACUGCCAAGAGGCGGGCCGCGGCCCAACUUCACGGAGUUGCUCCCAAGCCCAAGACCAAGAAGAAGAAGCAGAAGGAAAUCAGCAAGAGGACCAAACUCACGAAUUCUCAUCUUCCGGAGCUUUUUCGAAACCUGAACUCCUCAGGUUCAUGAUUCUUGUUUAUCCGUAUAAUGUUUUAGUAUAGUGCCUUACUAUAAGCCUAACAAGUUGUAGCUACUGAAGAUAUAUACACAAUGUUGCCAAUGGACGAUGAGAAUGCUUUCUUUUGAGUUUUAUUUAUUUAUUUUUUUAUUUUAUAUUUAUUUCUCUUUUUGUAUGGGAUAUUGAGUUUCUUUACAUGCGUAUGUAUCUACUAGAAAUGUGGUUCUCCUCUCUUUACCUGGC